UUCCCUAUUGUACCAAGUUGUUUUCAGAGAGGAUUCGGAUGGUCACUUCUCUUCUCUCUCAACCUUCUCACGAAGUAGAAGGAAGCCCUUCAUAUCCUUCUUCCAAUAAUGCCCCUCCCUCCUCCAACAGUAUCACCCCCAUCAACGCCUGGAAGAAGCUCGCCAGAGGCGGGGAAGCAACACCAGCCGUUCAUCCCGUGAUCGACCCUUCCUCGUGGCCCUCUCUUUCUGAUUCUUCCAAGAAGCUUCCGGAGCCACAUUCCUCGGAAUCUCCUUCAAGUACCCCGACUCCGGAGACGGCGUCUCCUCCUCCUAUCGAAACCCUACCAGAGCCCGCUUCUACAAGCUCGAUGACGACGACGGCAGCCUCCGACUCCGAUCAACUGAGCAAGAUCGCCGCUCCGAUGCCAAUGCCGCCGCCGCCGCCGGUGGUCCAUUCUCGUCCGUCCAGAUCGCCGGUCCAACAGCGGUACCACCACAAUCAACGGUUCUCGUCGAACAAUCAGAGGGGCGGGUCACCGUUCCAUAACAAUAACUUCAUCAACAGGCGCCAGCAGCCCCGGCCGCCCGAAUGGAAUUCCAAUCGUCGGGCAUUUGUCCCUCGGAAUUUCAAUCACAAUCACCAUUAUCAGUAUCAACAUCAAGGGUUUAGGGUGCAGCCCUCACCAAUGCCGCCUCACACUCACCCUAAUCCCGUCCCUGCUGUCAUGAGUCCUUUGUACUACGGAUCACCUGCGCCCCAUCCUGCUAUGGAUUAUAUGGUUCCUUCUUAUUACUUCAGCGAACUGCCUUUUCAAGAUGUAUAUAGGCCUUUGUACAGUGGUCCUGCUCCAUACCAGGACCCCAUUAGAGGGGGGGUGGUGAUGCAUACUCCGCCUUUUCCAGUUUAUACACCACAGGCAGAUGCUGAAGUGUGCAAUGCACUUCUUCAACAAAUUGAAUAUUAUUUCAGCGACGUAAACUUGGAGACAGAUGAUUACUUGAAAGCCCAGAUGGAUGGUCAAGGCUGGGUUUCGGUUCAUCUUAUUUCAGGCUUCAAGAGGGUUAAACGCUUGACUGAAGAUGUUAAUCUGAUUCUCAAAGCUUUACGGCCUUCAACUGUUGUAGAAGUACAAGGGCAAAAGUUGCGGAAGCGUGGUAAUUGGAUGGCUUGGGUUCCAGCACAAAGCUCUUCGAGCCCGGCACAUUCCCCCCAAAAUAAGUUGGUAGCGAGCAUGCAGAGUCUCCAAUUGGAUGUGGAAUCCGGGGUGGAAUUGAAAGCAGCUGACUCACAGCCAGUUGAUGCCCUUCCUAGCAUCUUCUGCGCUACUGCUCAUGGCGAUGAUCUGGCGAAAGAAAAUCCCAGUACCAAACGGCGGGGGGGUUGACAGCAAAAAAGAAGAGAAAAAAAGACCCAGAAAGCUACAGUAGGCAUGGAUAUGGUGAGGACCCGGAGGUUUCAAGAAAAAACACCUCUGCAUUUUAACCUGACCAAGAAAGACUAAUAAUAGAGGUAGGGGGACUCAAAACCUAAUUUUGUUUAUAUUAGUGUAUAGUUUCAGCUCUUCUGCUCUACCUUUUGCUGGGUCGGCAUGGAUGGAAUGGCUAUCUUACUUUCGUGUAUAAGAGUAGCUGGUUAUGGCACUAUGCCUUAGAAAUUGAUCUCCUUUUGGCCAUCCUUGCGCCUUCAUAUGUGGGUGGGGGGUAUUCUUUAAUCUGACCAAAGAUUCUUUAUGGACCGAGGCGUCUACAUAAUACAGGAAGAAAUAAUCUGGCUAGUUGGCAUUGGUGGGAAUGGGUAUAUAUUCCUUCUUUUAUGGAUAGAUGGGACUAUGGUCUUUUUUCUUUUUUUUUUUUCUUUUUCUUUUUUUUUUUUAAUGGAGUUCGGUAUGGGACUGAAUGGGAAAGUAUUUCAAGUUUCUGCAUCGUGCUGAGGAUUUGAUUUCUUCGGGCCUUCGUUGCCUUCGAAUCAGGGGCUGCGUACUCUUCAAUCUGAUCAAAAUUCUUUACGGAGGGAGGUUCUAUGCAAAUGAGAGAUUGUGUAUUGUUUAUAGGUCUCUCAUUUUUCAGAAUUCUCAACUAUUAUGGAUA